CUCAUACUGGGCGGCUUCAUACGUUAGAUAGUGGUCAGUCUUGUAAAGGAAUCAAAAGGAUGUUCAACUCAAUUAUCUCUGUUUAGGGAAGGAAAACAAGAGCUGAUGGACUCCAACACUGCAGACAGAAAGAGCCAAAAUCCUGAACAUGCCUUCCACUAUGAUGCAGCGCACUACAAAGUGAGCUACUCUCACGGGAGAAACCCCAGCGAGGGAGAUUACGAUCAAAAUGAGGAGCUCAACAAAAAGCGGUACCCAGUUAGUCGCUGUGGCAACAAACCGGGCAGAGUGAAGCGGGUGGUGUCGUGCAAGAGGAAGACUCAUCAUCUGGCCGUGGCUCGGAGGAAGCAGCUCGGGUCUGGGAGGACCUGCGAUGCUGCCAACAAGGAAAAUGAGAUGAAGUGCUGGCAGGACACGGAGCAGGAUAUCUUCAGUAUGGAGCCACUGGAGUUCCCACUAAAUUUCAUCAGUAACCACAAGACUGGUAGAACUGGUCCUGAACAGACUGACUACUGUACACUCACUGAGCUCACGAGGGAUCACAGCACGAUGACUGAUGUGCUCUUUGGAAGAAAUCUCAGGCUGAAAGUGGCUCUAACGCUGUGGCAGAGAAACGUUGGGGAGCUGCUGACGUACUUUUUGAGAAUUCAAGACACCGGUGUGUUUGUUGAUUUCCUUCCCCUGAUCAGCAACUGCAUUGACGAGGAUUCUUCCAGGAUGACCAUCGGCUGCUGCGUCGACCUCUUUCCUCUGGUUAAGAAAGUCCUCGACAGUCCGUAUGAGGAGUAUCUUAUUGUUGGUUUAAAGUGGAUCCGUUCAGUUUUGAAAACCUGGUGGAAGGAGCUAAGAGCAAGUAGAUGCAGUGACUCUGCUAAACCGCUGGAUACAAAUUUCCAAGUUUUCAACCAGCAGUUGUUGGAGUUUUGGCACCAGGAACCUUCCUUGAAAUGUGUCCCAGGAGCUGCAGGAGACAUAGUAAAGGUCAUCGACUCCUUCUUGUCUCAACUGACUUCACAGCCGUGACGAUCAGGACGCCAUCUUUCUCCCAAAACACUUAAAGAAUCCUUGUAGAAACCUUAGAAGUUGUUGUGUCCAGCGAGUGCCUUUUUGAUUGUACCGUCGACUUGACGGGUUUGUCAGACUGCAGCGCAACUCGAGUAAAAUAUUGAGCAACAUGUGCAAUAGGAAGUUUGAUUUGAUUGUCUCUUCAGUGAUAAAUAAGCUGAUUUAAUUCUCGUUACACUACAGAGACUUUGACGACUGUAAGAAUGAAUGUCAUGUAUGUCAUUUUUAUUCACUGUAUCUGUUCUAUUUAACUGCUUCAUCAGUGAUUAUUAAAGUUUCUAUUUAUGAGUUUUACGUUUGUGCUUGGUAAUAAAAUCAAUUCUUGUUACAA